UUCCACAUUGGCCAACAUGGCGACCGACUGGGAAGAAGUAAAGCGACUUGCAGCUGAUUUUCAACGAGCCCAGCUGAGCACGAGUGUGCAAAGGCUGUCGGAGAGGAACUGCAUCGAAAUAGUGAGGAAACUGAUUGAGCUGAAGCUGAUUGACGUCGUCUUCACCAACGAUGGCAAGGAGUACAUCACCCCCAAGCACCUUCAGAAGGAGAUUCUCGACGAGCUUACAGUGGCAGGAGGCCGUAUCAACAUGGUUGACCUGGCCCACAUUCUCAACGUUGACCUGUGUCACGUUGAGGCGAGGUGUGCCGACCUGGUUCGGGCUGAGCACAGCCUUCAGAUUGUUCUGGGACAGCUGAUUGACAGGUCCUACCUUGACUCACUCGCCGAAGACAUCAAUGAGAAGCUUCAGCAAGCAGGCCACAUCACCUUUGGGGAGAUUACCAAGCAGUACGACUUACCACCAGACUUCCUCGAAAACGUGAUCCACUCACGGCUGGGAACGGUGAUUCGAGGCCAGGCUGAUCCACACGACAGCCGGCACAUAUUCACCGAUGCCUACCUCACCAGGCACAAGUACCGAGUCCGAGGCGCGCUCUCAGCGGCCAUCAGGCCUGUAACCCUGAGCAGCCUAGUGAGUGCAUUCAACUUUCCAGACAAGUUGCUGUACGGCAUGAUUGAGGAGCUGCUGAAGGAAGGUCGUCUGGCGGGCACUCUGGUGGGAGGCCGGUCAGAGCGUGCUUCAUACGUCCCGGACCUGUACUCCCGCUCGCAGGGCAACUGGGUGGACGCCUGCUACCGACAGAACGGGUUUCUUGAGUACGAUGCCAUGACGAGGCUGGGAAUCCCAGACCCCAAGGCUUACAUCCGUCGGCAUUUCAAGGACGAGCCGCUCGUGUUCCUCAAGACAUUCUGCAUCGGCCAGAUGCUGCUGGCCCAGGUUGAAGCCGCCAUUGACGAGGCUGCCGCCACAGGCUCCUGGGUGGAUGUCGCACCCCUGCUGCCUUCGGUAUUCAGCGCGGAGGACGUGUCGGGCAUUGUUCAGUCGGUGCUCAAGUCACGACCACGGAAUGUCAGCCAGUCGGUGCAGCAGUUGCUGGACACCAUCAUCGUCAGCGAUGCCUUUGUCGACAGCUGCGUCCACUCCUUCGACCCACUCUUGACCGCCAAGGCCGAACUGGACUCUCAGAAGGGCGUGGUGUUCCUUGAAGCUACACCAACGGCACCGCCAUCACACCACCGCCAACCAGCCGCUCCCACUCCCACCCCAACUGCAGCCGAGGACAGGCAGGACAAGAAGGAUGAGCGCCGCAAGAAAGCAACAGGUGGCAAGUCAGGUGGCGGGACACAGGGUCGAGAGACCAAGACGAAAGCUGUCAAGCCCAAGAAGCAGCAGCGGCGCGGCCGCGGGGCAGGUGACUCAGACUCUGAGGAUGACGCUGGAGAUGGACCGGGUCGUUCCCACCGCUCCCAGCAACAGCAGGAGCUGGAGUUCAUGACAGUGGAUGAGAUGAGGGCGCAACUGGAACAACUUCCUCUGCUCCGUGACUGCCCACCGGAGCUGAGUCAGAGCAUUGCUGAGAAGAUCCACAGGCCACUGACGCGCAAGUACCAGGAAGUGGCACGGUCAGUGUUCCUGGCAUCAUCCAGUGCGUCUGGCGCGGCACGACGCAAGACAUUUGCCGAGCUGCAGGAGAAGGUCUCAUCCCUCCUGCUGAGCAUCCAGCAGUUUGACCGGGGAAUCAAGGCUGUGCCGGCAGCGGAGGAACUACAGGCCCAGCUGGCCAAGCACCUCCUGCGGACACUGUGCUCGGACUUGGUCAACUUGGUCGUCGGCUACCUGGCUGCAGAACACGCCAAGGAAGCAGAAACACCAGCCAACAUGGCCCCUGAGGUGCGGCAGAAGCUGAUCCAGAAGCUGCCAGGCGACGUCAGGGGUCCUGUGCUCAAGCUGCACCAGUCGCUGUCGGCCAAGACGCUGGAAGACUUCCUGACCGAUGUGGAUGCGGUGUUGGGAUCGGGCGUGUGCGAUAUGAUCAUCCGCUCCGACAAGAAGAAAGAGAGGCAAUGGCUGCUGAGUCACCGUCAGGCUCUGCUGUCACAACUGUCGGACGCUGAGGAUGCUGCACUUUGCCUGCACCUGUCCGUGCUUCUCGUGGCCCAGGCUCAAACCCAGAAAGCGCUGCACGCCUCAGGGCGCUUCGUGCCCCAGAUUCUGUCUGCGCUGCGGACGCAGUUGCCGCCGGACACGUUCGCCGUACUGCACCAAGCACAGGAGCUCGUCAUGAGGCACCUGACGCUCGACGACUCGUCCAACGAGAAGGAAUCUGUCGCUUCAGCCCUCAAGGAGCUGGUUCCAAAGCUUAAGGAGAUUGGCACCACCUUCAAGAAGCAGGGCCCAACUGAGGAUUGAAACUGCUGUAUGCCUUGUGCUACUGUUCCAGUGCCUUGGGUGGACAGAAAGAGCUCGCUGUAUUCAAGUUGGUCAGCGGCUUGAAAAAAUAUUCUAUCGACAUUAAAGAAGGGUCUGAAAGAAUGUGCAUGAAGUUUCAGAGUCUGAAAUUUCGUGCUGUUGUGGCCUUUUCCUGCCAUAAAUAGAAUUCACAUUAUGAAACCGGUUUGAAAUAAAGGAGGAAGCUUGCUGAAACAUA